AUGAAUCUGAUUGAGAAGGCUGGAUUGUCUAAAACCAUUUCGUAUGUGGGUCCGUUCUAUCCUCAACUUAUUAGAGAAUGUAUAGUUAAUUUGCUAGCUUUCAAUGACCUAAGUAGCCUGGAUUAUCAGACGGUUCAUAUUAGGGACUUUAAAUUUACAAUUUCUCCUACUGUGAUAAAUGGUUUUCUGGGAAAUGUUGUUUCAAUUAACUUUUCUCCAUCAUCCCCGUCAACUGAUGUUUUGGCUUCUGUAUUGUCUGGAGAGACAUUAUCCUCUUGGCCUGUGAAUGGUAUACCUGCAGUUGCUCUAAGUGUUAAGUAUGCCAUACUGCAUAAGAUUGGUAUUGCCAAUUGGUUUCCUUCAUCCCAUGCCUAUAGUGUUUUUGCUGCGUUAGACACUUUCUUGUAUCGCAUCUGCAAUGAUGACAGGGUAGACGCUGGUGCAUUUAUCUAUAAUCAGUUGUUAAGGCAUGUUGGAUCAUUUGGGGUCAAGCUUCCGAUUGCUCUACCCAAGUUCUUUUAUGGUUUACUGCUACACUUAAAUGUUGCUGUAUUAACCACCUCGAACGCACCUGGUCCUGAUCCUAAGACAUUAUCACUGAGCUAUAGACUCUUUCAGGGCAGUCAUGUGCCUGACAUAGAUCAUGAUGUGCAUCCAUCUCGAGGGCCUCGAUUGUUUGAUACGACAGACUGGGAUGAAGCUACUUAUGGGUUCUUUGUUGAUAAGGAGUUGGCUUCCAGAAUUCUUAAUUCCUUUAUAGCCGAGUCUCGUUCGCUAUCUACUACCAUUAGUCUGAUGUCUGAACGACAUUUGGAAAUCGAUUCUCUUAUUCGUCAUCUGAAGACUUUUGCUCCAUCCUCAAGUCGAGGGGACCCUAGUGCUGAUUGA